AUGUACUAUUCCUCGUCAAUGUUCCGGGAAGCCGGUUUUGACACCCGUAUGGCACUCGUCACGUCCCUCGGAUGCGGCAUCACCAAUUGGAUCUUCGCCCUGCCAGCCGUAUACACGAUCGACACCUUUGGACGACGGAAUCUACUGCUGACCACAUUCCCCCUAAUGUGUAUUUUCCUGCUCUUCACCGGCUUCUCCUUCUACAUACCCGAUCAAACAUCUCGGACGGCCUGCGUCGCGACUGGCAUAUACCUCUUCAUGAUUGUGUACUCGCCCGGUGAAGGGCCGGUCCCAUUCACCUACUCUGCAGAAGCUUUCCCCCUCUACAUCCGAGACAUCGGCAUGUCCUUCGCAACGGCCACAACGUGGGGUUUCAACUUCAUCGUCUCGCUGACCUGGCCAUCGCUCAAUAAAUCGUUUACACCCACCGGUGCUUUUGGCUGGUACGCGGCGUGGAACUUCUUCGGCUGGAUCUUUUGUUAUUUCUGUUUGCCGGAGACCAAGGCCCUUUCGCUUGAGGAGCUGGAUCAAGUCUUUUCGGUUCCGACGACUAAGCACAUCAAUCACUAUCGCGCGAUGUUGCCGUGGUAUGUCAAGAAGUAUUUGCUUCGGAGAGAUGUGCCACCGCAGAAGCAGCUCUACGACUAUUAUUAG